UCCCUCCUCCCUCUAUUCUCUCUCUCCUCCCUCUGUCAUUCUCUCCCCCGCUGUCGACAUAACACACUCUGAAAUCUGGAACCAGCCAGUAGGAGCCUACGUGGUUUGUGCUGCGCUUUCUGCUUUCUGGUCAGAAGCAGGGUGGAGAAUAGUUUUUCAGACUAUCUGGGGGUUCUACGCAGCUCUUUUCGUACAUGACUACUGUCGUCCUCCUGUCCUAAGGAUGAAGAGGUGAAUCUCCUCUGAUUGCAGUGAUGGCAGUGCAGGCUGGCAUACAGGUGUGGUUCGGGGAGAAGUUUGACGCACCCCUGCAGAGUCCACGCAGCCCUUUGACGCUGCGCCAUGGGCCGGGCUUGGCCGAUGUCUUCCAGUAUGAUCAGUGGCUGGCCGUGCGCCACGAGGCCACACUGGUACCCAUGCAGGAGGACCUGGCCAUCUGGCUCACCGGGAUGCUGGGAGACGAGGUGAGAGCGGAGUGCUUCAUGGCGGAGCUGAACAAUGGGGUGAAGCUGUGUCGGCUCAUCGGAGCUCUGCAGAGCAGGAUCUCUCAGAGCGGGGCCUCUGAUAUGGGCAAGUUGUUUCCCAUGAAGAAGGUGGCAUGUAAGUGCAAUGCCUCUCCAGGGUCCUUUUUCGCCCGCGACAACACUGCCAACUUCCUGGGCUGGUGUCGCCACAUAGGUGUGGAGGAGACGUACCUGUUUGAGUCGGAGGGCCUAGUUCUGCACAAGGAUCCCAGGCAGGUGUGUCUGUGUCUGCUAGAGAUCGGCCGCAUCGUCUCCAAGUAUGGGGUGGAGCCUCCGGUGCUGGUGAAACUAGAGAAGGAGAUUGAGCUGGAGGAGACUCUGCUGAAGACGACAGAGCCUGCUCCUGCAGUCAAAACCUUCACUGUGUGCUGCCAGCAUGGGGGACUCUAUCAGCCUGGGGAGCAACAUCUGAUGGACGAGCCGCCGUGUAACUGCUCCCAGAGAGUAUCUAUUGAAUACCUGUCAGAGGGCCGCUACAGACUGGGAGACAAGACCCUCUUCAUCCGGAUGCUGCAUGGGAAGCAUGUGAUGGUGCGUGUGGGGGGUGGCUGGGACACCCUAAGGGGUUUCUUGCUCAAGUACGACCCCGGCCGAGUGCUCCAGUUCACCACUCUGGAGCAGAAGAUCCUGGCAUAUCAGAAGGGCCCACCGGGCCACGGCGGCCAUGGCUUUGCAGCAGCGGCCCCUCCACCUGACAUGGACCCUCUCGCUGCAGUCAACCUCAUCCCCUCAUCUUCCUCCUCGUCUUCCUCUGGUUCGGCCUCCAAAGCCACCUGCACCCCCGUCUCGACCCCUACUCUGCCCAGGAAGGCAGCCGCAGCCCCCAAAAAGACCCUGCAGAUGCCCCUUCCCACCCCCAAGAAGCCCACCCAGAAGCCCUUGCCAAUCCCCAAGAAGGCAGCUGCUGUGUCGCCCACCCUGUCUUCGCAGCAGGGCCCCAGCCCUUCCCUUCACAGUAGCAAGAGCCAGCAGAGGGCACCACAGCUCCAUUCCUCUUCUUCCCCAGCCGUGGCUUCAGCCCCCAAACUGAAGCUCAGGCCGUCCCCUUGCGGCGCUCUCUCCCAGCCCCGCAGCCCUGUGUGCCCCGAGCCCUCCUGUAAAUGUCCUAAACCCUCCUCCACUUCAUCCACCCAUACCUCCAUCAAAGUGCCUCGCCCCACCACAGCCCCAUCAAGGGUCCCCUUCCAGAAAGAGGGCCGACCCCCAACUGGCGCCACCCAACGCCGCCUGUCUCAGAGGCGGCCCGCCUCCCCGGCCUCGCGCCUUCGUCUGGAUGCUGCCAGACGGGUCUGUCCAACCCCCCGGGUGGCAGUGCCAACACCCAGGCUGGCAAUGGCCCAGCCCACCAGGACACUAACCCCUACCUCCAGGUCUGCCACAACAGCCCUGCCCAAAUCCACCAUCUCGCACCCCAAGAGCAAAGACACCACAGCCAAAAGCCAGGCCCAAACCAGGGCCAUCCCCAAAGUGGUUGUGCCCCCACGUGGCGGCACCCCUGGGCGGGUACCAGGGGCCCCUAGUGGCUCUGCCGCUGUUGGCAAGAUGAACCAGAGAACAGUACCAACUGCACAGAGGACAGGACGGAGGCAAGCGCUCACCACCAACACCCCCUCUCUCAAACCGGAGUCCACCAAAACGGCCCCCCAAAAAACAAGCCCCAACAUCAAAGCCCUCCCCUCCCAAAAGGACACUGCUCUCACAAAGAAGACCCAACUCAAGAACAAAAGCGAGGACCCUUAUUUUGAAAUGAACGGUAGAAGGCAUCAGAAGACGUGAGAUGUAGUUGGGGGACGUAGUAACGUGACGGGGAGGGACUGUACUGUCCUACUGAACAUUAGUGCUUCCAUCACGGUAUUUGUCUGAAUAAGUCCCCAACCAGGAUUCAGCAGAACACCAAUUUCCACACAAAGAUAUACCCAACCGGGUAUAGAUGCAGCAACUGUCAAGCUAGUGCGUAACUUUCAAAAUGCCAUUUGCACCGCUACCAUUUUUACAUUUUUGUUGGUCAGAUUUUAUUUUCUCCUUUUAUUGUCCUGUUAUCAAAAGGUCAUGCCUCAAUUGCAUCUUACAAUAAGUAGAUUUUUACACAGUCUUUGAAUGGGUUGAAAAGUGAAUGAUACUGAUUUUAUCUGAGGUCAGCUCAACUCAGUCUUCAGCCUAACACAGAAACACUCAAUGGAAGCAUUGUAAACCAACAUCCCAUCAACAGCCUUUUGUUUCGUAUACUUUUUCCUUAUCAUUUAGUGUUUUUCAACGCUUUCUAAUGUCCAUUCGUAUGUCUUUUGAGGUUCCAACUGUACUUCCCUAGAGAGGGCUUGAUCUUUGGCCAUCUGAUCUGAUAAAUAUUUCUCUCUGCAUAUUAAAGUUAGACUUUUUUAAACAUUUACAUUUUCUUUUCAUUAAGGGUCAUUUUUGUGCAAAGCAGAGCUAAGGCAGCACACUUUCAACAUUGCUUUUUGAGUUUUUAAUAUUAAUUACAAGCAGGUUACUGUAACCAAAGUUUCACAUCUUUGACAGGAAAUAUAACUGGACUGAAUGUUUGUCCUCGGUGUGAAUAUGCAUUCCAUUGGAGGUGUGAUUGAAUAUAUAAACGUUUGUUUCUCUUUUUCACAGAUGAUGGGUAGUUUUCCAUUUUAGAGGUCAAAUUAAGCACUGUUGGAAUGUUUCUCGUGUGCCUUUAGAAAUGACUGUUGUUGCUGAGUGGCGUUAGAAUGUACUAGAAACUAGGGUUUUAAUAUUUGU